AAAGUUUAUCGAGAUUUCAAUCAUGAAGUUUCCAGAAAGUGUGAAACUUACUACUUAUUUAGCUUACAAACAUACUGAAGUUAUAGAACCACAAAGAAAAAUCAAAUCAGAAAUUUUCGAUUGGGAUUCUAAUAUUCCAAAAUCACUAGUAUCUAUCUGUAUUGAGAAGUUGGCAGAAAAUUGGAUGGGUUAUCCAAAAUUAGAGCAACUAAUUGCCAAAGAUCGUGAACUUUUCCUGCAAAUCUUAGAUACCGAUGUUCCUCUUCAGAUUUUAGUGGAUAACAUCAAAAGUGAUAUCUUUUGGAAAAGAUGCUAUCACUCUAAAUUCUCGGAUUCACCACUUUUGGCUGAUGAUAAAAAAUGGAUAAAUGCUUUCAUGGAACGCCAUUUUGCUGAUAUAUUAGAAAAUACAAAUCCUAGACAGUAUGAUCCAGAAAAGAUUACAACUUUAGUGAAGCUCUGUGGACCAUACAUACAAAAAUUAUCAAUCCGUAGUUUGAUACCAACUGAUAUUCCGGUUCAAAGGAUGGCUUCACCAGAAUUAGCUCAUUUAGUGACCAAUCAAAGGCCAAACGGAAAUAAACAACAAUCAAAAGAUAAUGAAGUAAUCUCUAGAGAUCACAUAUCUCUACAUGCGGCUCUAGGAAGUUUGUCUAACUUGGUUGAAUUACAUAUAACUUAUCAGUUGCGGUCUAUUGGAGUUCAGUACCGUCCUGAUCAAUUUCAAUUUACUAAUAAUGAUGCUAAAAACUUGGCUCGUGGUCUGGAAAAAUGUGCACAACUGAAAUUUUUGAGGAUUACAAGGACUGAUAUGAAUUGUCAACGAGUGAAGUACAUUCUGCGAGGUCUUUCUGAAAACUUAAAGCUAGAAGUGCUGGAUUUCAGUCAUUGCAAAAUCGGUGAUGAUGGUGCUUCAUCCAUUGGAAAAUUUAUAAUGAGACGUGACGCUUUGCGAACUCUUAUUUUGGCAGAUAACAUAUUUGGUCCUUCUGGUAUUGAGAGUAUAUCACAUGCUCUGAACCACUCCGGUUGUGGGGUUCGAACACUCGACUUACGACUAAAUACAAAACUUGGAUCUGAAGGAAUUGCCCAUGUAGCCGUAUCAAUUGCAAGAGGGUGCAAUUUAACAAGUUUGAAUAUAUCGGGUUGUGGAAUAACACCCGGUCCUUUAAUGAAGUCACCAGCCGGAGUGUGGUCAACUACAAGUGCAGAAAAUCCUCCAACAUGUGGUGAAUUACUGGCACGAGCAAUAGGUUUAGUAAAAACUCCACUACGUUCACUUGAUAUAAGUGUGAAUAAUAUUGGGCAGCCAAGUGACAGUACUCUUUCAAAUGCUAUAUGUUUGAGUUAUAUAGUGGACUUGAAUUUGAAGAGAUCAGGAAUGGGAUCUAUGGCUAAAGCUGUAGCAGAAUCAGCGGCUGCUGCUCAAAGAUUAAGAAGAGAAGCUGAAAAAGGAAUAAGAUUCAGGCGAAGUGCGGGUAAACUUGUACAAGCAAGUCGAGUUGCAAAAGGAAUGAAUAUAGAUACGGAUCCACUCUUAUUAGCUCAACAACUAUCUGCCAGACCUUCAAUAGUAUCCGUAGCGUCAGAAGAAGGAAUGCAUAGUAUCCAAACUCAACCGUUGCCAUCUGAUUUUGGUUUCAUUCCGACAUUUAAGAGUCCACUACCAUCGUCACGAGGUUCAUCGAUUACUGGUCCUCCAACUUCUCGAAGAUCUAGUCAUCAUGCCAUAUUGGAACCCGUCAAAGAAGUUCGUCGGACCGCUCUUGUUCGUCGAGGUUCAGAUGGAUCUUUAUUGCAACCACGCAGUGCCAACACUCAAAGACAUAUUAAAAUAUUUGUGUCUUAAUACUGCAAUGUAUAAUAAACACGUAUUAU